GAGUGGAGCCAGCCAUGGCCGAAGAGGUGCUGCGCGGGUGCGGGAGACCUGGGGAGAGAGCUCGGGGGUCCCCGCGGCGGCUCAUCUGCAUCCCACGCCCCACACCCCACAGGUGCGGGCCCUGGGCGCGCCCACAGUGCAGAUGCGACGGCCUGGGCUCAUGCACGAGCCGCUGCGCACGCUGCGUAAGGCCGAGGGCGGCUGCCUGCAGGUACACGGGAGCGAGGGUCUUGCGCGGACACUGGGUGCCGAAAGCAACUGCGAACCCCAGCCCUGCGACUUCGGGGUCUCAUCGGUCACUCCAGCCCAUCCAGGGACAUAGGGAGCCCAUGGGUCCCCUCUCCACCUGGACGACUCUGCCUCCUCACUGCCAAGGGUAGUAUUGCAGCCUCCCCUACUCCCGCCAUCCCUCCAGGCCGUGCCCCCCCUCCCCGUGUCCCCCUUCCUCCGCCCUGCCCCGACCCUGGCCGUCCCCCCAGGCGUCCCGUGGGCACUGCACGCUCUCCCUGUCGCAGGUGGUGUCCGACUUCGACCUGACCCUGAGCAAAUUCUCGCAUGGCGGGAAGCGCUGUCCCUCUUCUUACACUCACUGCGCACUUUGACCACUACUAUCCCAAUCGAGACCGACCCGCAGCGGCCCGUGGAGGAGAAGAUGCCCCACAUGGUAUCGGUGACAUCCUGGAGAAAGUGAUCUGGCAGCGGGGCACGCUGCACCCGAAUAUCCACAUCCUGUACAACUACAUGGACUUAGGGGAUGACCUCUCUACCCAGGGGCUCCUGCAGGGGUUCAAGGCCCCGCUCAUUCACAUCUUCAACAAGAACAGCGCUGUGGGCAGCAGCGCCAAUUACUUCCGGCAGCUCCAGGGCAGAACCAACAUCUUGCUGCUUGGGGACUCCCUGGGGGACCGCAGCAUGGCUGACGGGGUUCCUGGGGUGCAGGACAUCCUCAAGGUCGGCUUCCUCAACGACAAGGUGGAGCAGCAGCGGGAGCGCUACCUGGAGGCCUAUGAUGCUGUGCUGGAGAGUGACGAGAUGCUGGAUGUGGUCAACGGGCUGCUGCAGCACAUCCUGUGCCCAGGGGGCCACGAGGACACGCCUGAGCAGGUGUACCACGGCGCCCAAGCACAUCUGCCUCCCCUCCCUCUCCCUCCGUGUCUCCUGCCCAAGACCCAUGUGGGGCGACUAGUGGAGGCUUUUGUAAAAAAGCCGCAUUUCAGCCCAAUAGAAGGGCACACAGCUGUGAGUUAAAACACGCUGCCCUAGAAAAAAAUAAAAGCUGUGCCGUCCGGUGGCCCUGGAACCUUGGAGGGGCCUCGGUUCCUUGGAACAGAGUUUGUGAACCCA